GAGGCUAGUAGUGUGUCAACAAGUGAUCUUUCAGAAUUCCAACGUAAUUUACAAAAUAUUAUCCAAGAAUAUGCAUUGAAUGACAUUUUUAAUGCAGAUGAAACAAGACUAUUUUUUCAUAUGGCACCUAAUCAAACGUUGGCAUCUCGACCCCAUCCAGAUUAG